GCCCCGCCUGUUUAGCUUCCGCAUAUGUAUAUAUAUACGCACGCACAAAUGCAGAUCUUCUUGUCCGUGGGUUUUAAAGCCAUUCUUCUUCUCUCCUCUUCAUCUCGAUCUCAGAUCUCGCCCUAAGAAGGAAGAGGAGAAGAGACAGUGAAAAUGGGUCGCGGGGUGAGCGCUGGUGGAGGGCAUAGCUCCUUGGGCUACUUGUUCGGAGAUGGAGAGACUAAUACCAAGAAUCCUCAAGCUGCACAGAAGGUGGGGCAGGGAUCAAAUAAUAAUGCGCCUCCCCAGAAAUCAGCUGCUUCUCUGCAGCCAGUAGAUAACAGUAAGCAGAUUCCAGCCGGCGUUAAUAGAACUAGUUGCAAUAAUUAUCAGCGAGCAGAUGGCCAAAACUGCGGCAAUUUCAUCACGGAUCGGCCUUCGACCAAAGUGCAUGCAGCCCCUGGCGGGGGUUCUUCCCUGGGUUACCUCUUUGGCGGCGGUGGUGCUGCUGGGAACUGAACUGGACACACUGAUGUUUGCUGGUAAUUGCGCGCCCAAUGCACAACGGUUUAGUAAUGAAUUCUCUCCCCCUCCCUUUCCUCUCCUCUCCUCUCCUCUCCUAUAUGUUUUUAACUUUUGUCCCUUAAUGCACACAUUCUGUA